UCCAUUUCAAGGUCCGGAACAGGGAUGGGCAAAGUGUGCCCACCGGGUUAAAUCAGCUCCCAACCGCAAUUAGUGCACUACAAUAGAGUGAACAGCCCCUCUUGUAGCACGCAGGGGCUCCUAAACCUCGGGCCCCUAACGGUUUGAGUAUUAGAGGAAGGAAUUCUUCAUGCUAAAGCGGUAGAAUUGAAUAUUCCCAUGGAAGCUGAUGAGAAUCAUAGUACGCUCAGGCGAUUAAUGGCUGUAGCACUUAUGUCUGCUGGGAAAAUGAUUGAUGGAUUUAAUGUAGCACGUAAAUUACCAGAGCAACAAAGAAAUGCUUUUAGGCCAUUACUCGAGUAUCUCCAAAAUUCUUGGUUGAAUACGGUCGGAAUAAACGCCUUGAGCUGUGCUGAUGAUCCAAUUAUGAUGUCCAAUAUACAAUUAAAUACAAAACGUGUUUUUAACAAGCAUGUUAGGGGAACACCAUCAUCGAUAUGGAAAGUUAUGGGCCAUAUUAUUAAUUCUGUGGAAGUUAUGUGCAAAGAUUUAACCCGUUUACAAUUGCGCAAAAAAACAUCUAAAGAUCGCUUUACAUUUUCUACUUGGGAUUUGGAGAGACCAUUGAAACGUAUAAAUCAAAUACCAACGAGGGAUAAUCUGAGUACAAUAGAGAGCUUGCGGCAGAUGGGUUUCUUACUGCGAGAAUUAGAAUCAAAUGUUGUAGCUUUCCCUGAGCCAAUACCACCAAACUUGGAAUUGGUAAACAACAAUGAAAUGCACAGAGUUAAUUUGAUGGCCAACAACGAUGAACAUGCUGAUGUUGUUUUCUACAAUGUGGGAGAAAUUAAUCCAGAAGCAUUUGGGGUACAACAGAGAAGAAGAGUACGCAGACGAAUUGCGAGAGAAAACGUAGAAAGACCAGCAGUCGUACCAGAUGCUGAUUUCAGUAGUGAUGAUGAAUACCAUAGGAGUGACGCUGGAAGUGAUGGAAACAAACGAAAAUGAAGUGAAUGAUGGAAUGAUUAUGCUGGAACAGCUUCAUUCAUCCAACGAUGAGGAUAUAAAUCACAAUCGUCAGGUAGCUAAUGUCGCAGAUGACAAUGAUAACAACAAUGAAAUACGCAGGAAUGCAGUGAUUGCAGGACCUGUUGAUCAAUCACCACAACGACAAGAAGGAAAUGAUAACCAUUGCAGUGUAUGCCUCAUGAACUCCAGACAAACAGUGUUCAUACCAUGCAGACAUGCUACAUUGUGCAAUACAUGUGCAAAGCAUAUAAUGGCAAACACCAAGAAAUGUCCCUUAUGUAGGAGGGUCAUUCUAUCUGUUCUGUAUAAUGUUUAUAUAUAAAAAAAUCUUUCAUAAUCUUCAUUAAAAUGUCGAUAUUUCCUCAUAUUUUAAACAAAUGGUUCAAAUUAAAUAGAGUCAAUUGAGCUUGUCUAUAAAAAAUACUAAGGAUUUUUUUUUUUU